UUCCGUUGUUUUCACACGGACAAGCGGUAUUCCCAGAUAUGGCAUCCUGCACGCGGACUGUGUGGAAAGUCCUAACAGGAUGUCAGCUGCUGAACCUUCCUGCCCACACAGGUGUACCAGCAUCCAGGAGCUUACCUGUCAGGACGUUUGCAGCUGUCAAGGCACAAAAGAAAAAAGCUGAUGCUGAGAAGGAGGCCAAGAAGGAGAAGAGGGUCAUCGAUGACAAAUACAGACAUAAACCUUUUGGAAAGACGGCGUGGAAGCCGAUGGACGACGUCUACAUCCUCAGAUAUUACCCCAGGACCGUCCACUCUGCAGCCGAAGCCAUCGACAUGCUGAAGAAGUUUCAGGCGUUGGACUUCACUGCCCUCAGUCAGCCCAUUUACAUUGACCUGAAGCUCGACAUGAAGCUGGAGAAGAAGAAAAAAGUCGACCCCUUCGUCAGCACCGUCCACCUUCCUCACCCCUUCAAGACGGAGAUGAACAAAGUUUUAGUUUUCACCGAGGAUGUGAAUCAAGCCAAACUGGCCCAGGAGAACGGAGCUGUGUUCGCAGGAGGAGCCGAGCUCAUACAGCCGAUCUUGGACGACAAGAUUUCGGCAGAUUUCUAUGUUGCAGUUCCAGACAUCCUCCCGAAGCUCGUGCUGCUGAAAAACAAGCUGAGGAAGAAGUUUCCAAAGGGCAAGAGAGGGUCGGUCGGUGUCGACAUUCCCAAGAUGCUGCAGUUGUUUAAAACGGGCCACGAGUACCUGGUGGAGGAUGACUGUUACAUCCGGACGAAGAUCGCUAUGCUGGACAUGCCGAGUGAUCACAUCUUCUCCAACCUGCAGACCAUCCUGGUGGACGUCUGCUCACACCGACCUGCCAGUUCUGGACCUUUCAUCGAUCGAGCCAUCAUGACCAGUCAAACCAGCGAAGCCGUUUGGUUCCACGGCAACGACGUUUUACCGAAACCAGCAGAGGACACGGAGGACUGAGGUUUCACUCUGUAUUUAUAAAUAUAUUCACCCAAUAAAGUGUUUGUUCCUGA